CGAGGCGGGGCGGACCGAGGGCGGGGGCGGCGAGCGGCCCGCGGCUGGGGAGGCCGCCGCCUUCCUGGGCCUGUCCCGGCGGCCGCCUCCGAGAUGCCGCUGCUGGUCGACGGGCAGCGAGUGCAGCUGCCGCAGUCCGCCGGGGACCUCGUCCGAGCCCACCCGCUUCUGGAGGAAAGAGCCAGACUUCUCAGAGGUCAGUCUGUUCAACAAGUGGGACCCCAGGGCCUUCUGUAUGUUCAGCAAAGAGAGCUUGCAGUGACCUCCCCAAAGGAUGGCUCCAUCUCCAUUCUGGGUUCUGAUGAUGCCACCACUUGUCACAUUGUGGUCCUGAGGCACACAGGUAAUGGGGCUACCUGCUUGACACAUUGUGAUGGCACCGACAGCAGAGCUGAGGUCCCCUUGAUCAUGAACGCCAUAAAGUCCUUUCCCGACCACGCUCAGUGUGGAAGGCUGGAAGUGCAUCUCGUGGGCGGCUUCAAUGACGAAAGGCAGUUGUCACAGAAACUUACUCAUCAACUUCUUAGUGAAUUUGACAGACAAGAAGAUGACAUUCACUUAGUGACAUUAUGUGUGACAGAACUAAAUGACCGGGAAGAAAAUGAAAACCACUUUCCAAUAAUUUAUGGCAUUGCUGUCAACAUUAAAACUGCAGAGAUUUACAGAGCCUCCUUCCAAGAUCGAGGUCCAGAAGAGGAGCUGCGUGCGGCACGGGCUUUAACAGGAGGACCAAUGAUUAGUAUUUACGACGCAAAGACAGAACAACUCCGUAUAGGACCUUAUUCCUGGAUGCCAUUUCCACAUGUGGAUUUCUGGUUGCAGCAAGAUGAUAAGGAAAUACUAGAGAACCUUUCCACUUCACCUCUGGCGGAGCCCCCUCACUUUGUUGAACAUAUUAGAUCUACCUUGAUGUUUUUAAAAAAAUACCCAUCUCCAACAAACACGCUGUUUCCUGGAAAUAAAGCUCUACUCUACAAAAAAAGUGAAGAUGGCUUAUGGGAAAAGAUCUCUUCUCCAGAAAACUAAAAAUAGGAAUUACCAAAGAAAGCAACUUUCUGGCACGACAGAGACUAUUGGUGGGAGUUGGACAGAAUAUGAGUAAGAUUACAUCCAUUGCAUCUUAGGUCUCCUUUCUUACUCAGUGUCUUUUAGAUGACUUUCAAAAUAAAAUCUUAUUUUGGCAAAGGCAUUUGUUUAAGUUUACCUUUUGCGUUAGUAAAAAGCUGACAUCCAGUUUUUCCUUUUUGGUUAGUAAUAGACAUAGGAGAAGCCACCUGCCUCAUUAUUCUGCAAAAUUAGUGAAUAAAGGGAAAAUUGUGAUUGAGCUUGUUUAAAAAACAAUAUUUAAACUGCAAUAAAGUUCAGUGAGAAUU